AAUCUCCUCGUCUUCAUCCCUCCAUCCAAGUACCGACCAAACGAAUACCCCCGGAGCCGGAAAAGAGACGGUAGCAUAGGCCUUCAUUUAGCUGUGCUUCGAUUCGCCAACGACGUGGACACCGCUUGUGCCCGACCUCCCGGUAUUGACAGCCACUCGUUUGUUCUUUCGUUAGAAUAGUAACCGAAAAGAUGGCGCGACCGUGUAACCCCGACUAUGUCAACGCCGACUGGUCUUUCUACCGAUUCGAGCCGUCGACGGCAGCGGCGAUUUUCUUCUGCAUCGUCUACAUAAUCACUACCGGGAUUCACGCCGUCCAGAUGGUCAGGACCAAGACGUGGUAUAUGACGGCGUUUGUCAUUGGUGGCGUGUGCGAGUUCGUCGGAUAUGCCAGCCGGGCGAAGAACACCAUGGAAGACCCCGGAUGCUGGACCCUCCUCCCGUACAUCAUUCAGAAUGUCCUGCUGCUCGUCGCCCCGGCGCUGAUGGCGGCCUCCAUCUACAUGAUCCUCGGCCGCAUCAUCGAGCUGACGGAUGGAGAGAGCCACGCUCUGAUCAAGAGACGCUGGCUGACGAAGGUCUUUGUUACCGGCGACGUCUUGUCUCUGUUGUUGCAAUCGAGCGGUGGUGGCAUGAUGGCAGCCGCCGGCGAAGGCAACAACAUGAUGGAGAUUGGCGAGAACGUUAUCAUUGUCGGCCUCUUCGUUCAGCUCACCGUUUUCGGAUUCUUCAUUGUGACGGCGGCACUCUUCCACCGGCGCAUGAAGCUGGUGCCGACGGCCAAGUCCCACCAGCCGGAUAUCCGAUGGCGCUACUACCUCCUGACGCUCUACGUUACCAGCGUCCUGAUCUGGGUCCGGAGCGUCUUCCGCGUCAUCGAGUACCUCGAGGGCAACAAGGGCCACCUCAUGACCAACGAAGCGUACGUGUACGUCUUUGACGCGACGCUCAUGUUCCUCGUCAUGGUGUGGAUGAACUGGUUCCACCCGAGCGAGAUCGGCCUGCUGCUGCGCGGCGAGCGGCCCAUCAAGAACGGCCUCGAGCUCGUCAUGAUUGGGAGGAAGUUUGGAAAGGUGCAGAACGAGAGCAGCAGCAUGAGUGCGUAGAAGAAGAUCGCGCAAGGGUUCGAGACUCGGUGUUGAUUCAAGUGGACGAGACCACUAGCGACGGUCUGAUAUUUUUGGGUCAUGUUUGGAUGAUAAGAGAAGAGCGGCAAGGCCAAGGAAUUUUGGUUGGGGAACCUUUCACUUGUCAGGGCAUCAAACAUUAGUUUCUGGGAUAUUUGGUAUCAUUGGUAUGGAGGCAGUAGGUUUCUCUCGUGGUGUAGCAUCACGAUCGAGAUUAGUAACGUGUCAGAUUAAGGAUGAAAAGAAGCAUAGUAUCGGCUUCUUCCAGUAUUAUCUGACGUUCAUCGGGUUUUUUCUUAGUUUUUUGUAUGAUGUUAAGGAUUUAUAGAAGAAUGUUGUGAACGGCUGCUCUGAGUCCGGGCUUUCGUUAGAGGGAAGGAUUCAACUCUGUGUCGGUGCCUUAUCGUUAUCCUUAUCGAGACAAAAACCGAUAAGAAC